UGAGAAAGGCACAAUAUUGGGCCCAAACCAAUGCCAACAACUGUAAAAUGUACCACAAGUCCACAGCAGUAACAGUCAAGCCGGCGAAAACCUCUACGCCACAUCAGGAGGUUUAGGCAAUGGGAACAAUCCGGUAGAUUCUUGGUACGAUGAAAUAAAAGAUUACAGUUUCGAUGGGGGCCUAGGAUCUAUUUUCGGAUUCGGCAGACCAACUGGAAAUUUUACCCAAGUGGUGUGGAAAGGGAGCAGAGAGUUGGGCGUCGGAUGGGCAACUGGAUGAACGGCUGGUCCUAUUUCUGUUGCAAUUAUUCGCCAGCCGGAAACUAUCAGGGCCAGUAUCAAGUCAAUGUACUUACGCUUGGUACUCCUCCUCCAGCCUCGUGUCAGCCAGCACCAAACCCGAGUCAGCCGUCGAAUUCUUGUAGUUCUGCAGCUCCGGCCAUCCCGAUGGAGGAUUUGGACGUCAAUUCUUUCGAGACCAGGCCAUUAGUUCGUUCAACCUUCAAUGGCGCGCAACCUUCUGAAAUCGUCGAGGCCAUUUUCAACGGCCGUCUACGCAACUGCAUGGGCGACCGAAUGAGACGCGGAUAUCAUUUGAGCACCAACCAAUUCCUAAUGUCGCAGAAUCGCCAAUUUGCGGCCAUCCUACAGGAAGAUGGAAAUUUCGUCAUCUACAAACGUGACAAGGGUGGCCAGGCUGAGUUUGCCACAGGCACUGCUGGUAAAGGUGCCAAUCAAGUCCAAUUGCGCAACGAUGGCCAUAUCACGGUCGUAGACAAGUCCAAGCUGGAAACUCCUUUGUGGAAGAGUCGCAGGGACGCAGAAGGAGGUGAUUGCUUCCUUAUCAUGCAGGACAAUGGGAAUAUGGUGGGCUACAAGGGGACGAACGAUACGAGUCCCUCUAAUGCUUAUUUUUCCGCCCAGAAUCUAAACCUGUAACCAGAAUAACGACAUUAAUAAAUAGUUCAUAGAGUGAUUAGCAAUAGGCACCUACUGGGUUGUACAAGACUUAAAAGCAA